UCCCUCCUCCUCCUCUCCAACCUCCUCCUCCUCUCCCUCCUCCCUCGCUCGCUCCGCCUGGGAAAGUGGGUUAGGAAGGGAGCUGGGAGCUGCACAGCCACGCACCGAAGCAGGACCGGCCAGGCGCGCAGCCGGCGGCACGGGAGCUGCGCUCUUCUUUUUUUUUUUUUUUCCCACCUUUCUCCAUCGCUCCAGACGGGUUGAUUUAAUUGUUGCUGGGUUUUGCCGCCUGACUUUUGCGUCGUUUUGAUCUGCCUUUCUGACACGCGCACGCUCCUCUUUUUUCCCUCUCUUUUCCUCCGCUGAAGGUUGUGCACAGACUUUUUUUUGGAAAGAGGGGGGGAAGAAGCCGGCGAGAGACCGAAAAGAGCACAAGAAAGUGGCAGCUGAGGGCUGUGAAAUCACCUCCCCUUUCCGGGGCUGUCUGUCAGAGCGAGAGUUGUACAUUAUUAUUACUGUUUUUCUUUCUCCAUCCAUCCAUCCACCCAUCCACAUACACGCGCAGAGAGAGACGAGUGCAGGCAGCGAAACUCACCGAGACCAGCCAUGGUAGCGAGGGCUCAGCCUGAUCGGAAACAAUUACCACUGGUCCUACUGAGAUUGCUCUGCCUUCUCCCCACAGGGCUGCCAGUCCGCAGCGUGGAUUUUACCCGCGGCACCGAUAACAUCACCGUGAGGCAGGGGGACACAGCCAUCCUCAGGUGUUAUGUAGAAGACAGAAGCUCCAAGGUGGCCUGGUUAAACCGUUCUGGCAUCAUUUUUGCUGGAGAGGACAAGUGGUCCCUGGACCCUCGAGUAGAGCUUGAGAAGAGAAACCCCCUGGAAUACAGCCUGCGGAUCCAGAAAGUGGAUGUCUAUGAUGAGGGGUCCUAUACGUGUUCAGUGCAGACACAGCAUCACCCCAAGACUUCCCAGGUUUACUUGAUUGUGCAAGUUCCACCAAAGAUCUCCAAUAUCUCCUCGGACAUCACCGUGAAUGAAGGCAGCAAUGUGACCCUGGUUUGCAUGGCAAAUGGGCGUCCAGAGCCUGUGAUCACCUGGAGGCACCUCACCCCAACAGGAAGGGAGUUUGAAGGUGAGGAGGAGUACCUGGAGAUCUUGGGGAUCACACGAGAGCAGUCGGGCAAGUAUGAGUGCAAAGCUGCCAACGAGGUCGCUUCAGCAGAUGUCAAGCAAGUCCGGGUCACUGUGAACUACCCUCCCACCAUCACAGAGUCCAAGAGCAAUGAGGCAGCCACGGGACGACAAGCCUUACUCCGCUGCGAGGCAUCAGCAGUGCCCACGCCUGAUUUUGAGUGGUACAGGGAUGACACCAGGAUAAACAGUGCCAACGGUCUGGAGAUAAAGAGCACGGGGAGCCAGUCUCUGCUGAUGGUGGCUAACGUCACUGAGGAGCACUAUGGGAACUACACCUGUGUGGCUGCCAACAAGCUGGGAGUCACAAAUGCCAGCCUAUACCUUUACAAACGAGUUUUACCCACACUCCCCAAUCCUUUUCCAGGACCCGGCACGGGGAGAGUAGACAAUGGCUCCGUGAGCUUGGCCGUCCCACUGUGGCUGUUGGCAGCAUCCCUGCUUUGCCUACUCAGCAAGUGUUAAUACAAAUCAAAAUUAAAAAUUAAUAAUAAUAAUAAUAAUAAUAAUAAUAAACCAACACGACAACAACAACAACAACGACGACAACACACAAAACAAAACGCAUUAUACAGGAGACAGAGCGAAGAGAGGGGAGAGAGAAAAAAGAGGGGGAGAGAAGAAGUGAGAGGACCGUUUCAAUCACAACAACUUCUGCCUGUUCAGGAGCAAAGAGGGGGGAGAGGAAAAAUCACAGCAGGACCACUCAGCAACGCUUACAUGAUUUCCGACUGCCGGCCGUCACAGCACCGACCUCACAAGGAGAGAGGCAAACGGGGCACCCGCAGGGCCCAUGGAGCCACAGGAUGCUGCGCUUCAUCCACAUCGAUGACACCGAGCUGAGCAAAAAGAAGAUCCCUUUUCUUUUCUCUCCUCCUUGCUGUUUUCCAUACUCCUCACCUGCCUUCCUCCCUCCCUCCUCUUUCUUUCUUGUGCAGAAAGAGGUCUUUGCUUCAGUGUCUAUAGCCACUUAACUUUUUGGAUGCCCUUGGUCAUUUUUGUGAGCCGAUGCUCAGGCACUUCAUACUUUUGGGAAGAAAAAAAAAAAAAGGAAAAAAAAAAUCAUGAACAGAGCAAGUUAUCAAAGCUCUCUGCGCACUGGUGUCCUAUGAAGAACCCCUUCCUCUCUUCACAUCAUCCCAUGCUCCUGUGCACUUUGCUAAAUGCUUUCUGUCCUGCACCCUCCCUCAUGCAACAUCCCGCUCUGACCUGAAGGAAAGCUAUGUCCUUCCAACCCAGCCUGCUCUUUUAUUUGCUUUUUUGAUUCUCUCCUUCUCCCCCUCAAUUUGGCCAAGUGUCUUUCUCCAGUGUGUGCCUGCGUGCGUGCGUGCAUGCGUGUAUGUGUGGCCCUCGUGCUCUGUCUUCUCUUUCUCUCUUUCUCCUGCUCUCUCUAAGCAUGCUGAAGAACAGUCCAUGUGUACAUACACCCAUCCCACUGUAGAUAACGUCCUGCCUUGUCAGUGUGAGACCGCAUGCUGAGAGAUCUCUUGGACUGAGAAGAGGGCUGAGGAGAGAGGAGCAUCUGCAGCUCAGGGCCCCAUGUUGGCCCCUCUCCAGAGUGCCUGGUCACCUUGACAGCAGGAGUCAUUCUGCAUCCUUUCUUCACCUUUUUUUCCCUCCCACCCACACCCGUCUGGCUCUCAGCCUUCAUGUACCAGCAGAGCAGCUCAUGUGGGUGUGAACCCCACAGUGUGAUGGUUCCUAAAUAGAACCAAUGCCCCCUUCUGUUGUUGUCUUACUGUGUGUUUACACCGCUGCCAGGAUGAAGCUCACUUUGCAGCUUACACAUACAAAACAAACUGGGUCAGAAGAUGUCCAGGACCUAUGAAUGUAAGAAUAAAAACAAAUAUCAGAUCCAAAAUUCUGGGCUUAGCCAGAAGGGGCUUCAAGUGGUACAGUGAAGAAGUAGGCUACACUCUUGCCUCUUCCUGUGUGGAGGGUGCUGGGCCUGCUGGAGAGGGCUGUUGCUUCCAAGCAAAUCCCCUGGAAAUGCCAUGCAAGUGCUUGGCACUGC